ACUUAUUCGACAAUGGCUCCAAUCAAACGACAUUUCUCAUGUGAAGCAGAGGAUGAAUCAACUCGUCAGGAGAAGAAAGCAAAAGUAGUUGAGUUGAAACAGCUUCCUUCAUCUUGCGUUGUUCUCAAUUUAGCUGAUUCUGACUUAGAUUUCAACGUUGAAUGCAAUGGAGUAGUUGGAUAUGGCCUUAAUGAGGAAGGCUUUGGUUACUGUUGGUCUGGUGCUAGAGCUAAUGUUGGAAUUACAAAUGGUAGAUAUUGUUAUGGUUGCGUUAUUGUUUCUGCUCAACAUGUUGAUACCGAUGAUACUGCUCCUGAUCAGCGGCAUCUAUGUCGUCUCGGUGUUUCUAGAGGUGAUGAUACUGUUGGAGCUCUUGGUGAGACCAAACACAGCUUUGGUUAUGGUGGGACCGGCAAAUUUUCUAAUGCUGGGAAGUUUUUGAAUUUUGGUGAUAGGUUUGGUGUUGGUGAUACAAUAGUUUGUUGCAUUGAUCUUGAGAGUAAACCACUUGCUUCUAUUGGUUUCUCUAAGAAUGGUAAAUGGUUGGGAACUGCAUUACAAUUUGAUGUCGCUUCUCUUGGUCUUGGUGCGGAUUCUUCUUUUCCAAAGGUUUCGCCUUGGGAAUGGGCACUUUUUCCACAUGUUCUGUUGAAAAAUGUUGUGGUUCAGAUGCAAUUCAGUCUUGAACAAGGACUUGUUCCACAGGAAGGGUUCAGACCUUGGGCCCUGGCUUUUGCGGAUGGAAAUGCAGUUAUCGGACCUUCGUUUUCGGAUCCAAAGGAAUGUGAAUUGAUGAUGCUGGUGGGGUUACCGGCUUCAGGCAAGACUACAUGGGCUGAGAAAUGGGUGAAAGAUCACCCGGAGAAGCGUUAUGUUUUGCUUGGCACAAACUUAAUCCUGGAACAGAUGAAGGUUCCUGGACUGCUGCGGAAGAACAACUAUGGUGAAAGGUUUGAUCGUUUAAUGGACAAGGCAACUGCAAUGUUCAAUGUAAUUCUGGCCAGGGCAGCUAAUGUUCCUCGCAAUUAUAUAAUCGAUCAGACAAAUGUGUACAAAAAUGCACGCAAGCGUAAGCUUAAUCCAUUUGCCAAUUAUCAAAAGAUUGCUGUUGUUGUGUUCCCGAAGCCAGAAGAGCUCAAGAGACGAUCCGAAAAAAGAUUUCAGGAAAUGGGAAAAGAAGUUCCAGUUGAUGCUUUGAAUAACAUGAUAGCUAAUUACGUUCUACCUAAAAGCAAGGAUUUGCCAUAUUCCGAUGAAUAUUUUGAUCAGGUUUUGUUUGUUGAACUGAACCGAGACGCGUCUCAGAAGUAUUUGGAUCAGAUGAAGCAAAAUACUCUGUCUCUAUCCAAUAACAACCCAUUAACAUUAUUGCACGGAGGUUCUUCUCAGUAUUCUUCCAGACCUGCACUGCAAAAUCAAAGAAGUUCGACAGGAAGUGGCAUUCACCAGUGGAGAGCUCAUUCUCCCAUCUCUCAAACCGACUAUAGGACGCCUAGUCAAGUCAAUGUAGGUGUUCAUAUGAAUGAACCUCGACUCAAUAUGAAUCCACUGUAUGGAGGAUAUCGAAGCAGUCAAAUUUCACAUGUUGCAAGAUCACCCUUUCCUUGCGGACGCUAUUCCAACUGUGAAGAACCUUGUUUCCCUAGAUAUAAUGUUGGUUCUAGUAGAACUUACGGUGACAUUGAACCAUACAGAAACUCUGUUUUGGGUAGCCAGUAUAGGCCUAGCAGUGCAAUGAACAACAAUAUGGGUUUUAAUGGAAGACCUUAUGUUCAAUACAGAGAUUUUCAGCCUGACCUGCCUAUACCUGCACCAACUACAUCUUUGCAUCCUCCGUAUGGAGAACCGACUCUAAGACCUCAACAUGGUGGAUUACCCGAUAACAUGGAGUAUUCAAGGAGAUAUGCUUCACAAUAUCCAAAAUACUAGCACUGAAAUUGAUCACACAAUAUUAUUGUGUCAUGGAUUGCACCUUUGAGAAAGAUUAUGAAGAAAUUGAAAUACUCAAAGUUCAAUCGAGAGGAAUUAAGCGAUAUCUCUGCGGUAUUGUUCUGCGUCACGGAUUCCACCAAUGAUGAAGAUUAUGAAGAAGUUGAAAGACUCAAAGUUCAAUCGAGGGGAAUUAAGCGAUAUCUCUGCUAUAUUGUUCUGCUUCACAGAUUGUACCAUUAAUGAAGAUUAUGAAGAAAUUGAAAGACACAAAGUUCAAUCAAUAGGAAUUAAGCGAUAUCUCUGCGGUAUUAUUCCGCGUCACAGAUUGCACCAUUGAUGAAGAUUAUGAAUAGGUAUUCUACUUAAGAAUUGAUAUGUUAGGUAGAUUAGAAAGGAUAGAGAUUAAUUUGUCAUCUAGAUAUUGUCGUUAUGAAAU